AUGAAUGAAUCAAACAGUUUAUUAAGAUCAAAGUAGGAAUCUCUAUUUGAAAAAAUUUGUUAGUAGGAACUAAUUAAGGAAAUAUUGCCGAUUUAUCAGCACAAGGCCAAAGAAUUUGAGUUGAAGGAAAUUCGUGUAUACGAUAAUGCGAUUGUCAUAGAGAGUUUAUAUUUUGAAUUAAGCAAAUGUUAUCACGAAAUCAAAUUUACAAAAACCAAGAAUUGCGAUGGUCUUUAUGUGAUCAUCUUGCAAUAUGGAUAGGGAAGAGAAUUUCUAAUUGCGAACAAUGAAGAAUUAAUGAAACGAAUUUAAGUUCUAUUGAAAAGAUUUUGCAUAAACAAGAACUUUUUUGGAAAAUAUCAAUUAUCAUAAAGGAAUUACCUUCCCAUAUCUUAAGCAAUCAAAAAUAAUAGUGAGGAGCAUUGCACUUAAGUUUAUGAAAAAAAACUAUUAAAAGAUCCAAAAGAAUUCCAAAUAUUCCACAAUUCCAUUACAAUAAUGCACUCUUUAAAAACUAAACCUGGCUCUCCAAAACUCUAUGAAGACAAUUAAAAGUACUACAUUCUUGGGGAAAAGAUGAAGCUUCAAUCUUUAGAGAGCUUGCUGCUGAAUGGAUUCGAUUUUCGAGAAAUCCCUUUCGUAUCAAUCAUAUAUAUGAUCUUGCAAAAUUUGCAGAAGUAUUAACAGAGAAACAUAUAUCAUGGAAACAUAAAUCUUUCAUCUGUUUUUAUCAAUAUCGAAAAUGAAACAUUGGAGGUAGUAAUUCUGUUUCCCAGAUAUUUGGAAAAUAGUAAUUACACUAUUGAAAACGAUCUUUAUAAUUUGGGAAUAUUAAUAUAUCAAAUUACAUUUUAUACCAUUACUAACAGAAUUAAACAAUAUGUUGAUUUGGAUCUAAUCAAUAGGAUCCAUAAUUAGAUGGCUGAUUAAAACUAUAAAUAAAAUUAAUAUCAGUUUUUGUAUAGAGUUAGUUAAUUAGAUCUAUUGAAAUAAUUACUAUCGCCAAAUAUUACUUUGAAAAGAGCCAUUAAACAUCAAUGGUUUGUCACGAUACAACAAAAUAUUAAGCAUCAACAAACUCAUAAAUAGUUAAAUCCAAUCUUUUUACCAACUAUUGUAGAGAUUAACGACUCUUUGAUGAUUUCUUCUUCUCUCAAUGAUGGAAAAGUUGCAAAUUUCAAUUAAUAAAUUUAUUAAGAUUAAGAUCCAGAGGAGUAUUAAACAAUCAAAUGUUAGAUUGUUAAUACGAUUAGGAUGAUCCCAUCGAAAAUGAAACAUGAUGAAGCCAGCCAAUAUCUCAUGAAAUCUAAGACUGUUCCAAAUUCACAAGUAAAAAGAGCUUCUCUGCCUGAAAUUACCAAAUAAACCACUGUAAAAUGA